GGACAGAUGUGUGGAGCAGAAAAAAAAGGAGAAUCCGUUUCCUUUAGGUGUUGUAAACAUUUAAGGAUUUAGCUGGUGUGAAAUCUCCCAUAGAGAAGCUGAAACGGUUGUCCCUAGUGACGCAGAGUCAAAUGAAUAGAGCAUGAAGGCCACUGAGCGCAACCGACUGUCGGAACUUUAAAGUGUAACACCCAGCGGAACAGAGCGGUGGAGUAUCUUGACGGAAUGUAUCUGCCAGUACAACCUUAGUCUCCCUAUUAUUACAAAACAGCAAAUAUGUAUUCAGUUGAUUGUUUGAGAGAGUUUGUCAACGAGCGUCUGACUGCUGCUGCUGAGGAGAUAUUCGGAGUUUUUAAAAGAACUAUCGUCGAGUAUGAAGAAGAGAUCGAGCGUCAGCGCAGACUGCUGGAUAUCGUUUUAAAUCCCAAGAUACAGUUACACAAACUAGAGUUCCAACAUCAACAUGCCUUCAAAGAGGAGGUGGAAGUUCCUGCUGACCAGAUGCUCUAUAACCAGGAGGAUUGGAACUACACCUUGGACCAAAAUGACCCAGCGUCUCAGCAGAUUAAAGAGGAACCGGAGGAGCUUUGCACCAGCCAGGAGGGAGAGCAGCUUGAACUGAAGCAGAAGACUUUCACGUCGACUUCUGCUCACGAGGAACGUCAGCCGAAGCUACAAAGUGACAAACGUCUCCUCUCUCACAACCCUUGUGUUGCUGAGAAGACGGAUGAAAGAUGUGGAGAGCUUGAAUCAGUCAGAGGAGUAGAAAGAAACUCUGAGCCAGAACCAAACAAAUCACAGACUCACUCAAGCGUUCAAGCAGAUGAGAGGGCUCAUUUGUGCAAAAUCUGUGGAAAAGAUUUUAAAUGUAAUUCAAAACUGAAAUCACACAUGAGAACACACAAAGGCAAGAGGCCACACCUUUGCGUGACCUGCAAUAAAAGAUUCCGUGACAGAGGAGGAUUGAAACGCCAUUUGAAAAUUCACACAGGCGAGAAGCCGGGUGGCGAUUUCAGACGUGAUAAUGCCUUGAAAGUCCGCAUGAGACUCCACGCGGAGGAGGGGCCGUACAUUUGCAACACAUGCGGGAAAACAUUCUGUUACUUCUCAGCUCUGACGAGACAUAGUCGAACUCACUCCGGUGAGAAGCCGUUUAAAUGCAAGACAUGUGGGAGGGCUUUCCAACAGAGUAGUUCCUUGAAAGUCCACAUAAGAACCCACACAGGAGAGAGACCAUAUAUUUGCAAAACAUGUGGAAGAGGCUUCAAGCAGGCCAGCACAUUGAAUGUUCACAUGAAAACCCAUACUGGUUAGAAACCCAACACCCGUGGGGAUAAGUACUGUUCAUUUUAAUGUUUUCGUUUAGUGUCAACUUUAGUGUGUGUUUUUUUUUUUCUUCCAAAGAUUAGUACUCAAUAUCAGAGUAAUAGAACUUUCACAAUUAUAUCGAUUAACUUGUAUUUCUGGUGGUAACACUAUUUCUAUAAUAUUUGCCUGGAAUGAGUGUUUAAAAAAAAAAAAAAGCUGAUAAGUCAAUGGUGUGAUCAAUUGAUUGUCGUCAAUGGCGUGAUAUCUGUGGUUGUUUUUCCACAUCUUUAUGUGUCAGCUCAGGAUUCAUUUGAAUUUAAAUUCAGAUAUUAUAUGAAGUUGUGACAAAAACUAGAUUAUUUCCAUACAAGAAGACCCAUUAAAUGUGAAUAUGCUUUAUCGGACAUGUGAUGACAGAAAGACAACAGUAUUGCAUUUUUGCUUUACAAAUGACUCUGAAUGUUAAUCAUUGAAAUUCUGCAUCUAAUUAGUAGUUCACAGUUUGAGGUGUAAGAAGUCCAAAAUGGAUUUACAAUUCUAUCAAAAGAAAUGAGAUUGUGUGUGAAACCCCUUGUCUUGUACUGAUCAGAAAAAAAAAAUGCAGCUGUGUCUGUCUUGAGUGCAGAGAAGAGCCAUCCUUCUCAACUGCUUUAAAAAAAACAACAACUAAAGUAUAAUUAGAGAAAUAAAGACAACUUAAAACAAGAAA